AUGAUUAUUUUCUUUAAAAUAGUUGUAUUUAUACUACACUUGUUUUAUAUCAUAGGAAUUAUAAUUUUAUUUUUAGACCAUGUACAGUCUUCUAAAUUGAAUAUUGUGUACAAGCCAAAUGGUAGUUUUUCAAAAGCCUUGUUCAUAAAUAAUUUGUUUGAUUUCAAGGAAAAAUUUAAGAACAAUUUUGCUAAGAAACGAAAGAAAAAUGAUAUAAAUUAUUUCAAUGGUAAUUAUAAAAGGAACAAUUCAAAUACUGAUUUUAAUUUAUUUAUUGAAUCGUUCAAUAAAAAAAAUACUUUUAUUAAACCAAUAUAUGUAACUUUUCAAGAUGAUAUGAAUAAAAGUGUAGCUAGCCAAAAUGAACUUCUCCCCCCCCCAAAAAAAAAAAAAAAAAAUUCUGAACAAAACCAGCUAUUUUUGAAAAGUACGAAACAAAAAGAUAUUCAUGAAAUGACUAUUGAUGAGGAAAUUGAAAAUUAUGAUAACAUACAAAUGGAUGAAGAAGAAAUGAAUAAAGAGGAUUAUAAAGAAAGUGAUAAUAAUGAUAUAAAUAAUAAUAAUAAUAAUAAUUAUAGUAAUGAUAAAAAUAAUAAUUAUUAUUUUAAAAAUAUGGAUGAUAGUGAAUAUGAUUUGAUUAAUGAUUAUAUCUUAUUAAAAAAAAACGGAUUAACUAUAAAAGAAUUAAUGGAACAAGGGAAAUGGGCUUGUCCAAAAGAGAAUUUAAAAAUGAUAAGAGAACGUGUUAAUUCAAAAAUUAAUUGGAAUUAUAUUUUGAAGAAAAACAAUGAACUACUUAAUGAUAAUGUAGACAAAAUAUAUCAUGGGAUAUAUAAAAAAGAAAAUGUGGAUGAUUUAUUAUUUGUUUUUGAUACGUAUCCAUAUAAUUAUUUAAAUAUUACUAUGAGUGUUUUUUCUCUUUACAAAUUUGCAAAUAGUUAUCUAAACGAGAAGAAAGAAAAAAUGAAUAGUGUAAAUGAAAAGAAACAUGGCUUUUUUAAUAAUAUAUCUAGUAAAAAUUUUUUGAUAAAAGAAGAAGAAGAAGAAAAAAAAAAAAAACAUGAUAUGGAAUAUAUAAAUGAACAUAUAAAUAUAAAACAUAAUGACAAUAAAUCAAGAUAUAAUGAAAAAAAGGAUUCAUAUGAUGAUAACUUUUUUGCUUUAGAAAAUAUACACGAUGAUGUUGGUGAUAAUAAUAUUUUUAAAAUAAAAGAAGAAAGAAAACGAUUAAAUUAUAUUACAACAAAUAGAAAUUUUCAAAGAAUUGUUGGUUCAAUUAAUAAACAUUUAAAAAUUAUCUAUAGAAUAUUUUCAUCUAAUGAAAAAUUAUCUUCUUAUGAAAAAAAUAAAAAUGUUUACAAAUAUAUUCCUUAUAUAAAUAUUAAAGAUAUUAUUAUUAUUUUAAAAUCGUUCUGUAUAUUAAAAUAUGAUCAUGCAAAUAUAUAUAAAUAUAUAUAUUUUUUUAUUGUUCAUUUUAUUGAUAAAUUUGAUCUAUAUAAUUUAUGUCAAGCAGUCCAUUUAUGUAUUAUUAAAAAAAUAUAUAUCAAACCAUUAUAUCAAAACUUUAUAAAAUAUUUAGAGAAAAUUUUUGAACAAGGGAAAAACGAUUAUAUAGGAAAAAUGCAACAAUCUCAAAAUAAUACAUCUGUUUCUUUAAAUGAAAAAAAAAAAAGAGACACACAUGAGGAAUUACAUGAUCAUCAUAAUACUACUAAUAAAAAUAAUGUUAAAACAGAUAUUCUAUUGAAUAUACCAUAUGAUAAUAAUAGAAAUAACUUAUGUAAAAACAUGAUCUCUUUAUAUGAUCAUAUAAAUAUUAAAGAUUUUUAUAAUAACAUAGAAAACAUUUUAGAAGGAUAUUCUUCUAAUUCUUACAAUUAUUAUACAUCACCUUUAUAUGCGAAUAAAUUUAAUUAUUAUAUAUAUCAUUCUUGUAAUUACUCUAAUAUUAACAAUGCUUUAGAUGAUGAGGAGCAAAAAAAAGAGAAAGAAAAAGAUGUAAAAAGUUUUAUGACCAAAGAUAUGAGAAAAGAGAAAGAAAGUUUUAUUGAAGAGAGUAGUAAUAAGGAUAUAACAAUAAAUCAAAAUAAUAAUAAAUGGGAUAAUAAAAUAGAUAAUAGAAAGGAUAUUAAUUUAUAUGUAUAUAUUUUAUAUGUUUUAUCUAAAUUUCCAUAUAGUAAUGUAAAUAUAAUAAAUAAAAUUAUUUCAUAUAUAAUACAAGAUAUACAUAAUUUAUCAAUAGACGAAUUAAUAUUAACUUUUUAUAGUAUAGCAGAGCUAGAAUAUGAGGAUCAUGAGGUCCAAAAUUAUUUAUAUCUCUUAAUAUUUCAGCGAUUACAUUUUUUGAAUUAUAGAAAUAAUGACACACUUUUGAAGUUAAUAAAAUCGUUAUAUUUGACAAACAAUUUGGAUAUGGUAUAUGAUAAUGAUACAGAUAUAGAAAAUGUUGUUCAAUAUGUGGAUGAAAAAGAAAGUAAAAAGGAAACACAACAACAGCAACAACAACAACAAGAAAAACCAAAGAAGAAAAAAUGUAAUGAUAAGGAUGAUGAAAAAAAAGAAGAACUUAAUCAUAUAGAUAAUGAAGAUAAUAACUUGUUUAGUAAAAAAAAUGGUGAUUAUAAGAACCAUACAAAAAUAUAUCAUGGCAAUAGUUUUAUAGAACAUAUAAAUAAGGAUGAAAAUAAUAAAAUGGAAAGUAUAAAAAUUUUAAUGAUAUAUGUUAUAUCAAAGAUGAUAUUAAAAAAUGUAAAUAAUUAUAGUCCUAUUGAAUUAGUAGAUAUUAUUAGAUAUAUGUCUGCAUUUAAAUUUAUAAAUAAAGAAUUAUUUUCUUUUGUAUACAGUUUACCAUUUUUUAAAAAUUUAAAUGAAGAUGUAUUAAAUUAUUAUAAAAAUCAUGUCUAUUUUAAUCAAUCCUAUUAUGCAUAUACAAAAAAUAAUAAUAUAAAUACACCUAUAGAAAUUAUGUUAUGUAAAUUAUAUCAGUCCUAUUUAUCAUAUAAUAUGUAUAUAAAACAAAUUGACAAUAGUUAUAUAAAAAAUGUAUUAAAGGAUGAUAUUAUUAAAAAUAUAUAUAAAAGAAAUAAUGAACAAAUAAAUUUUAUACAAUUUGAUGAUUCUAUAUUACAAAUAUUAAAAAAGACAUAUUUAAAUAAUAUGAAAAUAUCUUCAUAUGCAUCUUCUUCAUUACAUUAUGAAAUAGCAGAUAUAAUAAAUAAAGAUUUUAAAAUACCUUGUCAUGUGGAAUAUAAAACCCCCAAUGGAUUAAUAAUAGAUAUAGCUAUAUUAUAUGAGGACAUCAAAAAAAUAAAUCCCUCAUGUCCAUUCUUUAAAAAUAUUGCAAUCGAAAUUAAUGGUCCAUUCCAUUACAAAACAAAAUCUUUGAACAAGAAUUUUCCGUUGAUCAAUACAAAGACUAUUUUAAAAAAGAGGCUAUUACAAUUUGAAAACUGGGAUGUUAUAUCUUUUCCCUUUUGGGAAAUCAAGCCAUGGUUUAGUAAAACGAGGAAAGAAAGUUACAUAUUAAAAAUGUUACCCGAGAAACUCAAAACGUUUUUUAAAUAA